AGCAUCUCUGCAACGCUCCUCCUCCCCCGUCGCGCUUGGGCCAACAUGGGCAACUGCAACAGCAGCAACAUCAAUGCCGAGAGUGCUGAGCUCCAGGUGGAAGGUUCCCAGAGGCACCCCAGCCUUUUGUCCCUGCCAUUGCGCACGAACGUGAAGUUCGGAUGGAAACCCGACAUGCCAGACCAUCGCGACCACCACGUGACAUUCGACAAGGUGAGCGCGCCGAGCCAGAUCAAGAGGAAAGCAGAGGGGCAGAAGGAGAUCAUUGACCUGCGCCCAGAGAACGGUGGUUUCCCCAUUUUCGACCAGGGACACUUGGGCAGCUGCACAGCAAACGCUUUGGCAGCCGCUUUCCACUUCACCCUGCACAAGAUGACGGUGGAGAACCACAAGGACUUUGCAGACUUCACACCUAGCCGCCUCUUCAUCUACUACAACGAGCGCCUAGUGGAGGGCAGCGUGAACCAGGAUGCUGGGGCAAUGCUCCGGGACGGCAUCAAAGUGAUGUCCAAAGUGGGCGUGUGCCCGGAGAGCGUGUGGAAAUAUGAUGACCAGCACGAUUUCUUCAAAAAACAGCCGGAUUCGAAGUCUUAUGAGCUGGCACAGAAGUGCAAAGUCGUGGGUUAUGCCCGCGUUGCACAGGACCUAAGCCAGUUCAAGAUGUGCAUCAAGAAUGGUUACCCCUUUGUGUUCGGAUUUGCCGUUCUGUCAAGCUUCCAGACAGCGGAGGUUGCCAGGACCGGUAAGAUGGUGAUGCCCCAGCCUACUGACCAGCAGCUGGGCGGCCAUGCCGUAUGUGCCGUAGGGUACGAUGACUUCAAGCAGUGCUUCAUCAUUCGAAAUUCAUGGGGCGAAGGGUGGGGUGACAAGGGCUACUUCUACAUGCCCUACGAGUACAUUUGCCACCCCGCUCUUGCCCAUGACUUCUGGGCCAUCAACUGGGUUGAGGGCUUCAAGAACGCAGGCCCCAAGAAUCCCAUCAAGAAGUGA